CUUACCAUAGUCAACAUAACACCAUAUACUGGUGGCCGAAGUCCCACUUAAAUGUUUUGGGUCCUGUUUUGUCGUAUUUUGUGAGGCGCAUGUAUAUCCUGUAGUUAGAGAGGCAAAGUCAGGUGCGACUGACAGAAAAUAUGAGUCGCUUUCUGAAUGUCCUGCGGAGCUGGUUGGUGAUGGUGUCCGUCAUUGCAAUGGGAAACACUGUGCAGAGUUUUAGAGAUCACAGUUUCCUGUCAGAGAAGCUUUAUACAGGAACACCAGAGUUCGUGAAUGGUCUGCAGGCUCGAACAUUUGGAAUCUGGACAUUGCUGUCAUCCAUCAUUCGCUGCGCCUGUGCCAUUGAUAUCCAGAACAGAACGCUGUAUCACAUCACUUUAUGGACGUUUGUGCUGGCGUUGGGUCAUUUUCUGUCUGAAGCCUUCAUAUAUAAAACCGCACCUCUCACUAUUGGGGUCAUGGCACCUCUGAUUGUGGCAAGUUUUUCUGUCAUUGGAAUGCUGAUUGGAUUCCAGUGUUUUCCAGAGACACAAGAAGAAGUUGGAGCACGACAGAAAAAACGUAACUGAAACCCAGCAACCUUUGGACUAAGCCUGCUGAUUUUUGCCUUGAAGAACAUGAGAUGUGGAUGUCAACUCUUUUCCCACUGUGACACUUUCUAUGCAUCCUAAUCUGGAUGUAAUAAAGAUUUUUAAUGGUACAUUUUACAGUUGACAGUAUAAAUAAGAGUUUGAUAGAGUCGUUGCUUCAUUAUGCCAUGUUACAAUACAGCAGCUGAUGAGUGCUUGUCUGAAAUGAAGUAAUUGGAUAAUGAACAAUACUUUGAUGUUUAACUUUGUUAGUUUUAUAUCUGAGCAACAAAAUAUCAGAAAAAAAUUAUUCAUGAACCUGGGAAAACUGACAUAUGUGUCCUGAGGAGGAGGUUUGCAUGUUCUCUCGGUGUCUGCAUGGGUUGUUUAGGUUCUCCAAUUUCACUGUCAUGACAUGUGUUGUAAUAGGUUAAUUCAUCACCCUAAAUUGCUCAUAGGUGUGAACGUGGUCCUUGGUUACAGAAAAUAUAUUAAUUAAUUAAAUUAUCUUAUUUGAAAAGGCUACGACAUCUCCACAUUUCCACCAAAGACAUUACAAAACUUUGACUUUCUCUAUUGCAGAAUAUUCUGGAGUUUUUCUUCAUUGGUUUGGUGUUUGCUGUUAUAAACUUUCUACAGCCAUUGUAUGUCUGUGAAGUUCGUGUCUUAUAAAGUGUUUUAUCAAAAACCUAUACAAUGAAUUCCACUAUUAACUGUGUUUUAGGAUGUUAUGCACUGCACCUGAGAAACUGCUAGUGGACUUGUUUCCUCAGACAUAAUUGUAUUUGUGAUUAAUGUUGAAUAUCUCUUUCA